UUGUAUUUUGUUUAUUACUACAUGCUCUUGGUAAACAUGUUGUAACACUAUUCUUGUUUUAACAGCCGUGUAAUAACACCUUGUGGGGAUAUGGUUACCAAAUUAUAUAGUUUAUUGUUGGUAUUCAAUGUUUUAUGUAUUUACGAAAAUACAGCAGAAGCGUUUCUAAAUAUCGAAGAUCUUAAAGACUCAAAUUAUAAUAUUGAGAUUUUAAAGUCACCAAUUUAUAAGGAAAAUUUAAACUCUAAAGAUGGUGUACGUUUGUCAUCUAAAUACGGGCAGGCAUAUUACUGCAAUACAUCCAAGGCACUAGCUGAAGAUAAAAGUGUAGACCUUGUACCUGCUGAUCAUCCAAUACCUUUAAUGUUGGUGUCACUUUCAUCACCAUGUCUUACUACAAUUAAAGGCUGGUGGACUUAUGAGUUUUGCUUUAAUGGCAGAAUUAAGCAAUACCAUAGUGAAGAUGGAGUAGUCAUGGGAGAACCCAUUAGUCUUGGGGAUUUUGAGGCAGAUUAUAAUUGGAAAAAUAAAACAAAUGAUGAUGGAGUAAAACAUUCUGUGUUUAAAAAGAAAGAAAAGAAAUUAGUGUCUUACCAUUCGCAAACUUAUGUUAAUGGUACUAUGUGUGGAUUGCUUAACGCACAGAGGAGUACUGAGGUUCGUUUUUAUUGCGAUAACUCUGUAAUUGAGAGUUACAUUGAGAGAGUGGAUGAACCAUCAACUUGCUCAUACUUGAUUAUAAUUAAAACCCCUUUGAUCUGUGCACACCCUUACACUAAACCUGCAUCUAAAAUAUUAAAAGCAGAUAUCAGUUGCCAACCUAUUAUCCCUAAACCAGUGGCUGGGCUUGAGAAACCUGCAUUGAAUUGGCAUUGGUCAAAUGGUCGAGCAACAAAUUCAAAGGUUUCUCUAAAACAUGCAAGUGAAAAGUUUUCUUUAUUAGAAAUGAAGUUAAAGUUUGUAAAAAAUCUUGCUAUGACUGUUAUACAAAGCUUCAUGAAGCCAGAGAACCUGGUUGAGCUAUCCGGAAAACUCUUGCGAAAAUUGCUUGUUAUUAUUAUGGAGAAGUUCCUGAGCACUGAGAAUCUGCCCACUGCAACAGUGGCCCGCAGUGUGCAGAAGGAUAUUGAGUUGUUUUAUCAGCAGAAGAAGAAUUAUGCGAGGAACUAUUUUUAUGACCCAGUAUUGCUGGGAAACCAAGGUGUCAAGAUAACCUUGAAACAUGUUGACUCCAUGAGCGGAGAGGUGGUGGAUAAUGGGGAUCAGGAUCGGAUGUUGCGGAGCAUGGAAGAUGAUAUAAGUCGGGAGCUAGAGGAUGCAGGGAUCGGAUCAGGAACGAGGUUAGAGGUUCAUCUUAUCUCGAACCAUGAUCUUACCGGAAACGGGAUGAAUAAAGAGGAGAGUCGCCAGUUUCGAGAAGUUCUUCUUGAGGUUUUAGGAGGAUCUCAGUUUGAACAUAAAGAAAAACAAAGAUAUAAUGACCUCAUUGAUAACUACAGUAUGUUGUAUGCUGAUAAAACAAAAGAGUUUUCAAACAUGAACAAGGAUAGAAAUGAUGAUGACACAACAUGAACAAACUAAAGAUAUUUCACUGGGUUGGGGCUUUGAGUCUUUUCUGUAAGCCAUAAUUGCCGUACAAUAAUGAGAUAAUAAUGAACUUUUAUUUUAUUGCUAAAGUGUGUGUAAUAGUAAUACCAUCAUAAAAUGAAUUUGGGUUCUAUAUUUUCAUAAGAAUUAAAUGCAGACUUAUAAUGCCAUAUGAUACAGCAUAAUGUUAAUGGGAUAUGCUUUAUUGUUUUUCGAAAGAUCGGUUUAUUACAACAGGGUCCACACCAUGGGCUGUAUUUGGCCAUGGUGACACACUGUCACUGGUGUAUUUGAAUAAUUGCAUAAACAUAGUGUGUCAAACAUAACGUGUCAUCUGUCAUGCAUGACGUGUCAGGUGUUAAACAAAGCUAGGUAAAUACAUGGUGUGUUAAACAUAGUGUUUCAUGGGCUACAGUAUACAAACAGUUAUCGCAUGUGUUUAUAUUUGAUUCAUACAUUAUUUACCAUGCUGUAUCAAUAUGACUUUAAAUAAUUGUUAGUAGGUAGAAGUGGUGAAUUCAGUUGUUUAGUUUAACUGUUGGAACUGUGGGUUUUAUUGUGUUGGUGUGAUUAUUUUUGUUCUUGUAUAUUUUUAUUUUAUGUGCAAUCAUUCUCCGUGCCUUUUGUGUUUAAGAGAUUUCUUACCCUUGAUGUUCUCGAUGCAUAUUUCUCGUAUAUACAACUUUUAUUGCCUUUUGUUUAAAAUAUUGGUAUUUAAUAAAUGUUUGUAGUCUGAACUUCUUGCUUGUUUAAACGCCAUACUUCCCACCAUAGUGCAGGACAAAUGAUGUUCGCCUUUUUAUCUUCUUUUGCAAAGAAGGUACAUUUCCUGAAUUUAAAGGUUCCUUUUUUUGUAG